AUUGCAUUUAUAUCUAAUCAAAUUUCUCAAUCUGCCUUUGCAGGAUCGUCAGAAUGCGCAAUCCUCUUGUGCCGGUCUCUUUGUGGCGGCUCAUUUGGGCUUCGAUUAUCCCGGCGUGUGGAUGCAUGUUGACAUGGCCACGCCCGUCAAUUGUGGUGAACGUGCUACGGGCUAUGGCGUCGCUCUGUUGCUAACGCUCUUUGGCAGCCACACGAGCUGCGGCCUGUUGCAGUCGAUUGCGCCGGGCGAUGAGGAGCCGCCAUCGAAGCGUAUAUGCCGCGAUUAGCAGCAGCGUGCAACAAUCGCAUUGCUGUGAAGUCGAGCGUUUUUGCAUUUCAAUCAAGUUUAUACACACAAGCACACACACACACACACACACACACACACACACACACACACACACGAGCACACUCACACCCAGCUAUACAUACUCACGAAUGAGAAGAACAUGUAUGCGUUAAAGUCGAAAUAAGUUGAAAAGCCAAUUGAAUAAGCUGCCAGGCAAUAAAAUGAAAUUAAACUAAAUGA